CUCUACAUUAACUAAUUAUCUACGAACUCAAUAACACUUUCUGGAAGACAAGGAUCCUGGUCCCAGCGGAGAAAAGCACAAAUCCAGAUCACGGGUGGGUUGUUAAGUGGAUAUAUGGCCCCUGAGUAUGCUAUGGAGGGGCUUUUUUCUACUAAAUCAGAUGUUUUCAGCUUUGGUGUUCUGAUGCUUGAGAUAGUGAGUGGGAGGAAGAACACUGGCUAUCUUUCCGAACAUGGUCAGAACCUGCUUAAUUUUGCAUGGAAAUUGUGGUGUGAAGGACAUGGAUUAGAGCUUAUGGACCCUUGCUUAUCGCAGCCCUGUGUGGCAGCUGAGAUAACAAAAUGCAUCCAUAUUGGAUUGCUCGGUGUUCAGCAAGAUCCAGCAGAAAGACCUACCAUGUCCUCUGUAGUCUUUAUGCUGGAAAACGACCCUCAAACACUUCCACAACCAUCACAGCCUGCAUUUUCCAUUGGGAGAAUUGUCGUGAGAUCAGAUAAGCCCCGUUCUAAUGAUCAAUUGUGCUCCGUUAAUGAGGUCACUUUGUCAAUUCUAUCACCUCGAUGACCUAUGGACGGUUAAUUCUUCCACAAGGGGUUCUUCUGUUUGCAGAUAAUGCAGGGAUUUCAUACAAAAAAUGUUAUCCUAUACUCAAGUUAAACUCUAAAAUUAUUUUUCUUCUUCAGUUCCUUCGUGACUUCUAUCCUCCUAUCUUUAAUUAGUUUAUGACUAUUAUUUUUAUCUGUUGCAUAUAUUUCGAAUCAUAUCAAUUACUUUGAGAGUAUUGUGUU